CUCGCCCCCGGGGCCGGCGCAGGCCGGGCCACAGCGGCGGCGGGCCGGGAGCGCGCCGGCCAUGGUGGGGCUCAAGGAGGAGCUGCUCAAGUCCAUCUGGCAUGCCUUUACCGCCCUCGACCUCGACCGCAGCGGGAAGGUUUCCAAGUCUCAGCUCAAGGUCCUUUCUCACAACUUGUGCACAGUGUUAAAUGUUCCCCAUGAUCCAGUGGCCUUGGAAGAACACUUUAGGGAUGAUGAUGAAGGACCGGUCUCCAAUCAGGGUUAUAUGCCUUAUCUAAACAAAUUCAUCUUGGAAAAGGUUCAAGGAAACUUCRACAAAGUUGAAUUCAACAGGAUGUGCUGGACUCUCUGUGCUAAAAAGAACCUCUCUAAAAGUCCUUUGCUGAUUAGCGAUGAAGAUGCAUUUAAAGUCUGGGUUAUUUUUAACUUCUUGUCAGAGGACAAAUACCCUUUAAUCAUUGUACCUGAGGAGAUUGAAUAUUUGCUUAAAAAAAUCACGGAAGCAAUGGGAGCAGGCUGGCAGCAAGAGCAGUUUGACCAUUACAAGAUUGCUCUCAACACCAGUCGAGAGGGUCUCUCUGCGUGGGAGCUGAUCGAUCUCAUCGGAAGUGGGCAGUUCAGUAAAGGAAUGGACAAGCAGACAGUGUCCAUGGCAAUCAACGAAGUCUUUAAUGAGCUCAUACUAGAUGUACUCAAGCAGGGCUAUAUGCUGAAAAAAGGUCACAAACGGAAAAACUGGAUGGAACGGUGGUUUGUGCUAAAACCCAACAGUAUUUCCUACUACGUAAGUGAAGAUUUAAAGGACAAGAAGGGAGACAUCAUAUUGGAUGGCAACUGUUGUGUAGAGGCCUUGCCUGACAAAGAUGGAAAAAAAUGCCUUUUUCUUAUAAAAUGUCUUGAUAAAACCUUUGAGAUCAGUGCCUCUGAUAAAAAGAAGAAGCAGGAAUGGAUCCAAGCCAUUCAGACCACUGUGAACCUGCUGAGGGCAGGGAGCCCUCCGCCCCACAAGGAAGCGCGCCAGAAACGGAAGGAGUUGCGCCAGAAGCUGCUGGCUGAGCAGGAGGAGCUAGAGCGGCAGAUGAAGGAACUGCAGGCUGCCAACGAGAACAAGCAGAGGGAGCUGGAGACUGUGCGGAAGCAACUGGAAGCAGCAGCUGCCCGUGCUGCUGAGGAGGAGAAGAAAAGACUUCAGACUCAAGCUGAAUUACAAGAUCGCUUCAGUUUGGAGCUGGAGAGAGAAAAAAUGGUAAGACAAAAAAUGGAAGAGCAGGUUGCUCAGAAAUCAUCUGAACUGGAGCAGUAUUUACAAAGAGUACGUGAACUGGAGGAAAUGUAUACACAGCUACAGGAAGCACUGGAGGAUGAGAAACAGGCACGUCAAGAUGAAGAGACUGUGAGGAAACUUCAGGCCAGAUUGUUGGAAGAGGAGUCAGCAAAGAGAGCUGAACUGGAAAAAUGGCAUUUGCAGCAGCAACAGACCAUUGAGAUGACAGAAGCAGAGAAGCAAGAGCUGGAAAACCAGAGAAUGAUGAAGGAACAGGCUCUUCAAGUGGCUAUGCAGCAACUGAAACAGCUUGAAUUGGAAAGGAAGGAGGCCCUCGAGCAGUACAAGGAGGUUAAGAAGAAGUUGGAAACGGCAGCUAAUAACACCAAGAGUUGGAAAGAUAAAGUGGCUCAUCAUGAGGGAUUGAUUCGACUAAUAGAGCCAGGCUCCAAGAAUCCUCACUUAAUCACAAACUGGGGCCCAGCUGCCUUCACUGAAGCUGAGCUGGAGGAAAGACAAAGGAGCUGGAAAGGGAAAAAAGCCACUUCCGAGUGAUGGUGGCAGCUGACACGUGGCCCUGAACAGGAGCCCACCUCCCCUCGUUCUGCUUUGCACAGAGCAGCCUCUCGCUUACAAAGUUUAGUUUGCUCAGCAGGUUGGGCCUUUCUCCUCACGAAGUGCCGUUUACCACGCUGGAGUAUCUGCUCAGAGCUCAGCCAUUAAAGUGUGUGGUGUCUGAUAGGACAUUUUGUCUGUUUUCCCUCACAUUUCCAAGACUUAGCAGGUGAAGAUCAGGGUUGAAAUGUAGCUUGUGACAGUUGUUUUUCUACUAGUCUGUAAUAGUCUGACAGCAGCUAACCAAUUGGACAGCAUUGCUUUCAUGCCAAAAAGCGAGGGAAGCAGUUGUUCACUGGUUCAGUUACUACACUUUCAACCCAAGAUAAAUCAGUCCUUAAAGUUGUGUCCAACUCUGAGAUGGAUAAUUAUCUUUCCUUCCACUGAGCCUGCUUUUACUUUAGCUCUGUUGCUCUCUACCCGAUGCUUACUGCWCAGACACAUUCGCUUAGCAAGAGGGGACUAGCAUCACUGGCUACCUGCUGCCUGCCUAGAUUUGGUGUCCUGUUUUCCUCUGCAGGAAUCCAAACAAAAGAACUGGAGAUAGGCAUGUAGAAAAUGCUGCUGUAAGACAUUUGGAAAGAGUGACAGUGGAAGACCGGUUUUUGUGCAGUCUCAUACUUGAGAAGCACUAGAUAAAGCCGUGAGCACUCUCUUCAUAGUUUAAAAGAUGCAAUUUUGGCUCACAUAUUUCUGAGGCAGGUGAAUGUUAGGUGGUAGCUCAUACAGGGCAAAUGUCCUCUGUCCAAGCUGUGUUUGUGCAAGAAAUCUGUAACAUCUCACCAUAUUCAGAUGUAGCACUUUUGUCAUACUUUUAAUUGGAGGCUGGAUUUAAAGAAAGAUAUUUUUUUUAAAUGAUAAAUGUGUAGUGAUAAUGCUCUAAAAAAAAAAAAUAAAUUCUUGUCACUAAAGUAACUUCAGUUUUUCUAGUACCAAGGCUUCCCAAGGAGCCUGCUGCUCUGCCUCACCACUCUCACCUGGGACAAAGCUAGUUAUUUCUGUUUUUGUAGCGAAAAGGAACAGCCCUGUGACUUUGCUUUGCAGAUCUCCCACACCAGGCAUUGCUCAGUAAAACAGGAUUCCUGCCAACUUGUACAGACAUUUUAAGAACCGCCCCCUUGAGGAGCAGGUGCCCACUGGUGUGGCUUGUGAGCAGCUUUGACUGUACCCUGGGCCCUCCAGCCCUCAACUGCUUGUUAGUUCAGCUACAUGUUAAAUUAUUUUUAGUAAAUAAUUUUUUCAGGAUCAUAAGCAGUGUGCAGCACUGUGAUAC